GCCUUGAUGUGACUCUACAGACUGAAUGCUCAAAAUUAAUACAGAAGUUUACAAGCGAACCUCUUGAUGAGGCAACUGCUCUUAAGUACGUAAAGGAGCUGAGGAAUGAAGACGAGCUGUUACAAGAUUUUGAAGGAAUGUUAGACAAACAGUCUAAAGAUAUUGUGCAAGAAGUCAGAGCUUCAGAGAACCGAUUACAAGAAUCCCUAUCAGAUUUUAAGCAGGAAGUUAUAGAAGGGUUUCAGAAGAUACAUUCUGGAUACACGGACGAUUUCACUCAUUCUACAUUUCCCGAUACAUUGCCUGACUGUGAGGUUUGUUCACCCAGAAAGGACACUGCAACAGCAACAUUUUAUUGUGAAGCCUGUUGUCAGUUUAUGUGCAUUGAAUGCAACCAACGUAUUCAUACUGUUGAGAAUACGCACAACCGGAAAAGAAUAGUAAAACGAAAACCAUUAAAGAUUGAUAUGAAGGGUUAUGAUAAGUGUGAUGACCAUAAAAAGAAUAUCUCGUACAUUUGUGAAUCUGAUAAUGAACUUUGCUGUGAGGUGUGUGUAGAGGAGAAACACGAAAACUGUCUUAAAGUUACAUCCAUUUCUGAGGAUACAAUGUCAUAUGAAUCCAAAUACAACCCAACAAUGGAAAUACCUCGACUACAAAACGAAGCACACCUGCUUAUAACAUGGUUGUCUUCCAUUGAAAGAGAUGUAAACAAGAAUGUAAAAAGUAUUCCUGCUAAGUUAGAUGAAUAUAGAAAUGUUUUAUUGAAGCAAUUUGAUUCUGAAGCACAAAAAAUAAAAGAAAAAGCUGAUGAAAUGAAAAAUAAUACCUUGAAAGAAAUAAAGAAAAAACGCAAAUACUGUGAGCAUGUCGUUCAGAAAUGUAAACGAGCCAAGCUGUCACUGAUUAAUAUGACUAAAUGUGGCACAACCCCACAAAAACUUAUUUCUCAAUAUCGGAUAGAGGAACUUAGAAACGAAUUUCAGUCCCUAACAGAUGUGGAUAUUGUAUCUUUACAUAUGGAAUUGAAAUUACCAGAACAAAUAGCACUUCAUUCUGAACUUCUCCCAGUACGAGUGGAGGCACCGGGAACCAGGCCAGUACAGUUGUUUCAAAUUGGUGUUCUCGAACUGAAGCAGAAUGAAAACAAAAACAAAGAACCAUUUUACUCAGGACUGGAUUUCUUGCCUGAUGGCAGGCUUGUUACCGUAGAUAAUUACAACUGCAGAUGUUUGAUUUACAAUGAGAAGCUUGAGGAAGUAGGAUCAUUUCAGUUAUCGUAUAAUCCACAGUGUGUUGUUGCUGUAUCUGAGGAGGAAGUGGCGAUAACAAGUAGAAAUCCUUGCAAAAUAGACUUUCUACAUGUCAGUAAAUCAAAUGAAAUUACUCUUAUCAGGACAUGUAAAGUGACAACUAAAUAUAUGUCAAUAUGUCUAAAAGAUGAUAAGAAUUUUGUUGUUGGAACAGUCGGUGAUACAAGACAUGUUCGUAUUGUAUCGAUGUCAGGAGAAGAGAAAGAUUUCAGUAUCAACUUUCAGAACAAGAAAUACUCUCUUGACACCAGUGCCUGUACAUAUAUAAGAAACAGUGACAGAGUUGUUCUCACCGAUAGCUAUAAACACACUGUUUUUAUAUACGACACCACAACCAACACCACAGUCAGUGUCAAGAACGAUCAAAUCAGAGAACCAAAAAAUGUUGCAGUAGGACCGUUUGAUUGUAUCUUUGUUUGUAGUAUGCGAAGAAACAGCAUAGUACAGAUUUCUCCAUUAGGAAAAGUUAUAGCAUCUCACAAGAUAGAUAUGACGAGUCCUUCCAGUAUUUGUUUCUCAAAGGACAAGACAAGACUUGCCAUUUCUAACUGUGCUGGGGGAGAGAUAAAAUUACAGCUAUUCAAAGUAGUGAUAUGAUAUAAUGUAAAUACACAAGCAUCUCCAACAGAAAAUAAUAGUGUUAGAAGAGUUUUAAACAGCAAUAUCAGAACACAGAUUGUAUAAAUUAUUAAUGACUGUUAAAAGUAAAAAGAGUAUAUUUAUAAUUUUCUGUCUAUCUAUGUUUAAUUGAUAGAAUGUGAUGAACUAUACUAAAAUACCUUUGGAAGCAUAUAACGUAACAAAGUAUAAAGAGUCUGAUCGUGAAAAGUAAAAAAAAUGUACAACACCACACACUAGCUCUAACAACUGUCUUAGUGGAACUCUUAUUGAACAGGUUCAUUGAGUGAAUACCAUGAUCCAAAUAUAAUAUAUUUAGAGGAUAUUUGGUGUUAUUCUAGCUUAAAACUGCUGUUCUUAUCACACAUCAAUUUUCUUACAGGAGAGUAAGCUUACAGGUAUUAAGGAUGUAGGAGCGAUUUUUUUCUAACGUUAAGAAUUUUUUCAUAUUCUGUGAGCUUGAAGAACAUUAGUUUCCAAGACAAACAAGAGAAGUAAAAACAUACGUCAACGAACUCGUUUUAAUUUUAUAGGGCAUUUCCUUCACCCACUGUUUAAGCAUUUCUGAAUUUUGUAAAACUGAGAGAUUUCGGGUCUUACAGGCUAAUAUGAAAACAAGAUGAUGUCAGUAUUAUAUAAGCAUAAAUGUCACUAAUAAAUCUCUUUCAUUUUUACAUGUUGACAUAAUUACCCCACCCACUUUAUUUUAAGUGGAGAAAACGUAUUUAGAUCUACAAAAAAAUCAUUCUGAUGCUAAGAUUUUCAAAAUAUUUUGCAGCUUUAAUGACACACAAAAUUGCUUCAUAUAGGAAGGAAAAAAAGUUGGGAUCACCGUGCAUCUAAGAGAUUUAUUAAGAAAAAACUUAAAAAUUGGUGAAUUUCGAUAUUUGUUGUUCUUGUUUUUUUAUAUUUUCUAGAUAAUAAAAAGUGUUAUUUUGAAAACUUUUAUCACAAUUGUAGCUUAUUAUUAUAUGUAUCAGUCAGGAAAAUAUCAAAACAAAACCUGAUCUACUUUAAUAGAUAUUUGAUAUCACCUACCCCUACCCAAUUGUAAAUCUUACGCCAAUUUUAGGCAAAUGCCAGCCAAAACUAUGGGUGAAUUUUGUUUCGCAAAAAGUAGAAUCUGUCUGGUUAAAUGGUACAUUAAUAGCCAUAUUUUAAUUAUUUAUCAUUAUUUUCUGGCAAAACUUUUGUUUGAAAGCAAUAUUCGAAGAAACAUUUUUCAAAAUCGCGGAUAUCCCGAAAAAAACGCUCGUACAUCCUUAACAGAGAGUUUCUCGCACUCACAAGCUAUUAAACUCUUUUUUUAUAUUAUGUGCGUUCAAUGGAAACUUUUAGCACUUUUAUUUCCUUAUACUAGUAUUGCUUAGCGCUCAUUUCCAUGUUAAACAAGUAAACAAAGGGAGAUCUUCACACGGACAAUGAACUCACAUGCCAAUAAAUUUCAAAAUUUGAAAUACUGGUCAUCUAUAACAUUUUAAUAAUGUAACUUUCAAGCACACCUUUACAAUUAGUGAUUACGGUGAGAUUUGUCAAAAUGUUUCUGGAGGUUUUUAUUCAAAAUAGUUAAAUGUCUUAUUUUACUUGAUAUAAACAGUAACGAAUCUGUUUCACUAUGUUGUGAAGAACAUAUUGGAUUUAGUAGGUGUAAUAGCUGAAAAUUUCUAUUUCACACAUUGAUAUGUUCAAACUCAAAAUCAAAGAUUAGCAACAUGUUACAUAUCACAUGAAGCUUAUUUGUCUAAAUAGUUUAAGGUGUUUCAGUUUGAAAUUGUUGAAAUUAUUGAAUGCAAUAUUCCUAUUCUUGUAUACAUUUCAUUUUGUGUAAUACCAAAUGUUUCUGUAGAGUAGAGUAGAGUAAGUUGUUUGAACAUGAAUUACUAGUACCUGUUUUGUACAUACUGUAUUAUGUUAAUGUAUGCUUGUGGAAUUUUCCAAGUAGACAUUUAUAUAUAUAAAUAUCACAGUAAUUUAUCUAGUCUCCAUCUGCUGAAUAAAAAUGCUUUAUGUAUGAAUGCUAUUGGAAAAUUUAGUUGUUGCGUCAUGUGUUGCACAUGCAAAAAAGACAAAUAUCGGAUAUCUUAAAACACGUUUGUCUUAUACACUGUCAGCUAGGAAAAAAAACAUGUAAAAUUUAAAAAACAGCAAUGCCGCUUCGAUAGCAAACGCGCACAGUUCGGAUGACCCGAGUCAUAUGAAAGGGAUAAUUGUCUACAUUAUGAAUUUGUUUAAGAUUAUCACGAGUUUACAUGAUAAAGAAAUAUUUGAUUUUAGUUAGUUCAUUCUUCUGAGAACAGAAAUGAAUAUACAUUCUUGUUUUCGUGAAUAUAUGCCAUCACAUCACAGUCAAUUUAUUCUAAGACUUUUAGAUCAUACCCUUAGAAAUAACAAGCAUAAUUACCAAAGGUUCAUCAGAAAUUUAUCCAGUGUUAUCGGACAAAGAUUGUUUUAUGUUAUUAUUAGUAACUGUAACAUUACGAGUCAAAAAGUAAACUGUUUGUUUUCAAAUAAUUUGUCAGAAGUCUGUAUCUCAAGUACAUUGAUAGAUUUAUAAAACGUUAGAGGUCUUGUUGGAAAAGUCCACAUUAACAUGUAUUUUUCUGUAUUUAGUAUAAUUGUAUAGAGUUUGCUUGAUAAAAAAGUAAUAAAACUUGGUGUUUUAAUUUUGAUUUCAAACAGCUAGACUAGAGUUAUGGCCUUUGUAUAAAUUGUAUAGCGUUUAGCUUAAUAAAAAAAAGUAAUAAAAUUAUCGAAUCAGUUAAA